AUGACUACUAUGGCAGGAUUAAAAAGUCACGAUUCUAUUCUUUCAAAGUUGGACACUUUCAAGCGUAAGAGAAAAGCUCGCCUGGAAGUUGAAGAACUCAAUAAAGAAAGUCGUCAAGCCAUCGAAAUGGCAGUUAGUGCUUUAACAACUGACGACCCCAAACAAUAUCAAUUGGAAGAAGGACAAGAGCGUUCUUUUAUUGAGAAGUCGUCCCAAAAUUCUGAAAGUGUUAAGAAUUUAGUGGACAAAUUAUUGACGUGGAUUAACAACGAACUAUCAGAACAUCGAAUUCUCGUGAGAGAUAUUCAAGAAGACUUAUAUGACGGUCAACUUCUGCAAAAGUUAGUUGAAAAACUAGCGAAGAUAAAGCUAGAUCAUCCUGAGUUAACGCUGUCUGAAAUUGGACAGCUUCAACGCUUGCGUGGUGUAUUACAAACUGUCAACGAAGUACUUCAUGUAUCAGAAAGUUGGGCCAGUCAACGAUGGACUGCCGAACGUAUUCAUCAGAAAGACUUGGUUGCUAUUCUGCGCCUACUAGUUGCUAUUGCUCGUCAAUUUAAACCAGAAAUGCGUUUUCAAGCAGGUAUUUUUCUUACCGUCAUAAUCGCUCGCAAAUUAAAUGGUAAAUUGGAGUAUCGUUACGAAAGGGAAUAUAUCACUGAAGUCACAGAAACAUUGCCCGCUGGCAGUCCUUUUGACGCCAUAUCAGAACAUCAUAUGGUUUUGCAAGCAGUUCUUACUUUUAUCAAUACACAUUUGGGACAAGUUGGCCUUCAUGUUAAUGAUCUCUCCAAAGAUUUUAGAGAUGGUGUCUUACUUAUCCUAUUAAUGGGUCUUAUUGAUGGCUAUUUUGUACCAUUUCAUGCAUAUCAUCCAACACCAACAACAGAAGAAUUGUGUACAUCAAAUGUUAAACUAGCCUUUGAACUUAUUCAAGCAGCUGGUAUGGUUGAACCUCCAGCAAAACCUGAAGAAAUUGUUGCAGGCGAUAGCAGUGCUGUAUUACGCGUGUUGUAUGGCAUCUACUCAUAUUGUGCACAUAUGGAGGAUGAACAACGUCGGUAUGAAAUAAAUAAUAUUCGAGAACAAGAAAUGAUAAACAAUGAAAUGAAUUUGUAUCCUGACAUUUUUUACACCAUUAAACGUUGUGAUAUCAGUUUUGUAGUUUUCUAUAUUAUUUUUUUGAGAGUUGAAAAAUAUUGUAAUAUAACUUUUUUAAUUUUCGGAUCCUAUUUAUUUUUAUUUUUAUUUCUAGAUACUAAGGAAUUUAUUGUACAUAGUUUAGCUGAAAAGCGUUUACAAGCUAGAGUUGGUGAUUAUUAUGAAUGUGUUUCAGAGACUCAAUUUGUUUUUGAUACAGAAAAUAGUACAGUAGUUAAUUCGAAUGAUAAUUACAUUAAAUCACAUAACGACAAAUGGAAUAUUAUAAUGAGUUUACAAAGUGUACGCUCUCAAGCAUUUGCUGACGUCAAUGUACCAGAAUUUACUGGAGCAAGUGUUGUGUGUGCUGGUGAUAUCUCACAUGAUAUGAGUCUAUCUAUUGCAAUUGGUUUAUCAUUGUGCAGUUUAGUUAUUUGUGUACUAUUCGGUUUAGCAAUUAAUCACUUAAGACAAAAAGAUGAAGUCUUUAAACCUGUGGAUACAACAGGAGAUGACCAAAAGUCAUGAAAAUAUAACGAUGAUUAUGAACAAUGUUCUCAAAUUGCAAACAUUUAGCAUUAUUAUAUCACAUUCAUGACUUACAUUACUCAUUUUUAAGUUCACCAUUAUUCAUUAUAUCAGUCACCUAAACCAGAUCAGAAAAGUUUUGUGACGGAAGACGGGCGAUAGUCUAUGCAUUUUUUCACAUUUAAUUAUUUCUAUUUUAAUUUUGGAAUAAAUACUACUUAUAGAA